AUGAGUUUCUUCCUCACUCCUCUGCUGGGACGGACUGCACGAUCUGCUACCGCUAUCGCCACCACCGCUACCUCCGCCGUCUCCCAGACCGUCCCCAUCGUCGCCGUCCUCAGCAACUCGGCCAGCAGACUCGCCGUCGCCGCUGCCGCCAUCACCACGCCGGCCCAUAUCCCGACCUCAAUGUUGCGAAGGUACGCCCUCGGUUUCUCCAGCGCCGCGAGGCCCCUAUCUACCAUGUCGUCUACCACACCGUUGGAAGACGCGAUCCGCUCUAAGCUCACCGCAGCUUUCUCCCCUGCCACUCUUGAGAUUCACAACGACUCCCACCUCCACUCCCACCACAAGGCCAUGGUGGGGAACACAUCCAAAGAAACCCACUUCAGGCUAGUCAUCGUGUCCGACGCCUUUAAGACCAAAAUGCAACCUGCCCGCCACCGCAUGGUCUACGCGCUCCUUCGCGAGGAGCUCGGCCAGGAGAACGGCAUCCACGCCCUCCAGCUCAAGACCUUGACGCCCGAGGAGGAGGAGCGUCACAGGGCCAAGGCUGCCGCCAAGGCUCAGGAGGCCGCCUCCGAAACCUGA